ACAUGGAGAGACAGAGUCCAAGGACAAGGUCCAGCACUCCAGCUCCGUAAUAACCGCUCUCUCUCUCUCUCUCUCUCUCGGUAAUGUUUCCCGGUAACGUCCAUGGAGACAGGACUUUUCCACGGCACCACCGCAGGCCUCUCUCUCCGAUCCUCUCUCUCAUCAUCUCCCUCGUCAGCUGCGGCGCCUCUAUAAAGAGAGUACUACUGCUCGAAUCGAUCGAUCGAUCCAUCAUCCCAAAGCACAUUGCCAUGCACAUCUCUCCUCUCAACUAAACAUGGACAGCAAGAAAACCACACCUCCUAGUAAACUAGGGUUCAACAGAGGCUCCUGGACUGCCGCUGAAGACAAGAUCCUUCUAGACUAUGUGGCAGCUCAUGGCGUGGGCAAGUGGGGGAAGGUGCCCAAAACUACAGGUCUGAAUCGGUGCUCGAGAAGCUGCCGGCUUCGAUGGCUGAACUACCUCCGGCCGGACAUCAAGAGGGGGAACAUAUCGGAAGACGAAGAGGACCUCAUCGUCAGGCUCCAUAACCUCUUGGGAAACAGAUGGUCUUUGAUAGCCGGACGACUGCCCGGUCGAACAGAUAAUGAAAUCAAGAACUACUGGAACACCGUGUUACAGAAGAAGGUCAAAGUCAAGACGAUCAACGACAAGAUCAAGUGCAAGAGCUCGACUCGCAGGACGGAGCUGAGUACUCCGUUAAUUAAUGAACAUGGCAGCUGUACUGGAAAGGAGCGCAUAGAAGCGGUACUAAUCAAUGAAGAUGAGAUAUUGGAUGCUUCUUCCUCGCUUUCGGUCGGAGAUCGGGAUGUUUUUGAGCAACUAGCGAGCUUCGAGACCGACGGGCUAUGGCCGAGGAGCAUUUUCGACUUCGAAUUCUUCUUCGAGCAAGAUGCCGGAGUUUGGGGAGGUGAUGAUUCCCUAGCUAGUGUCGUUUGGUGGUGAUUUGUUCAUGUAGCCAUGUGCAAUUUCAUCCUCAAACAUGUGAAUAAUGAUCUUAUUGUGCGAAUAAAGAUUCCACUCUAGCAAGUACAACAAAUUGAUUGAUCA